CACCUGUGAAGAUUAUAAGGCAGCAAGAAGAGAUUCUUCCAGAGAAAGUCUGUCCAUUUGAAGUCACAGGCUUAUAGUCUGAGUGGCUGAGAGCAAGGAGCUGUGAAAUUCGCCUUUGAGACACAGAUUUCUCAAAGAAUGUCACAAGGUUUAAGUUGUAACUGGGCAUCUUGUUAUCAGAAGCAAAAUGAAUAACUCAACGUACAUAAACUCUUCCACUGAAAAUGUGAUGGCCUUGGAAAGCCCCUAUAAAGCUGUUGAGGUGGUGUUCAUUGUCCUGGUGGCAGGGUCUCUCAGUCUAGUCACCAUAAUUGGGAACAUCCUGGUCAUGGUGUCAAUCAAAGUAAACAGGCACCUUCAGACUGUCAACAAUUAUUUCCUGUUCAGCCUGGCCUGCGCUGACUUGAUCAUCGGCAUCUUUUCCAUGAACCUGUAUACCCUCUACACUGUGAUAGGCUACUGGCCCUUGGGGCCUGUGGUGUGUGACCUCUGGCUGGCUCUUGACUAUGUGGUCAGCAAUGCCUCUGUAAUGAACCUGCUCAUUAUCAGCUUUGACAGGUACUUUUGUGUCACCAAGCCUUUGACGUACCCUGUGAAGCGGACCACAAAGAUGGCCGGCAUGAUGAUCGCAGCUGCCUGGGUGCUGUCCUUCAUCCUCUGGGCCCCUGCAAUUCUCUUCUGGCAAUUCAUUGUGGGAGGAAGGACUGUCCCAGAUGGGGAUUGCUAUAUCCAGUUUUUUUCCAACCCUGCCGUCACUUUUGGCACUGCCAUUGCAGCCUUCUAUUUGCCUGUUAUCAUCAUGACUGUCCUUUACUGGCAAAUCUCUCGAGCCAGUAAGAGUCGGAUAAAGAAAGGAAAAAAAGAAGCUGCCCAAAAUCAAGAAACAGUUUCCUCCAGCCUUGUCCAAGGUAAAAUAGUGAAACCAAACAAUAACAAUAUCCCAACCAGUGGAGAUGGGUUGGAGCACAGCAAAAUUCAGAAUGGAAAAACCAGUGAAGAGACUGUGACCAAUAACUGUGUUCAAGGGGAAAAGGAGAGCUCCAAUGACUCCACCUCCAUCAGUGUGGUCGCUUCCAACUUGAAAGAGAAUGAAGCUACCAAAGAUGCCAGACAGGCUUCUGCCUCCCAAGACCAUGUUAAAGCAGAGAACUCCAAGCUGACAUGCAUCAGGAUAGUCACCAAGUCCCAAAAGGGGGACUGCUCUGCCCCUACCAAUACCACUGUGGAGAUUGUGGGCACGAAUGGAGAGGAGAAGCAGGACAGCGUAGCCCGGAAAAUCAUCAAGAUGACAAAGCAGCCAGCCAAAAAGAAACCACCCCCUUCUAGGGAGAAAAAAGUGACAAGGACAAUUUUGGCCAUCCUCCUGGCCUUCAUCAUCACCUGGACCCCAUACAAUGUGAUGGUGCUCAUCAACAGCUUCUGCACAUCCUGCAUCCCUACCACCGUAUGGACCAUAGGUUACUGGCUCUGUUACAUCAACAGUACCAUUAACCCUGCCUGCUACGCACUCUGCAAUGCCACUUUCAAGAAGACCUUUAAGCACCUUCUUAUGUGUCAUUACAAGAAUAUAGGAACUACAAGGGCAAGACUGAGUGUCAAAAGAAGCUGUAAAUUUAAAGGUCUCAUCCAGUCAGCCACCAUGGUGGACAAUCAAAGGGUCUCUGCUGAAGAAUAGAAAUGAGAUUAUUACAAGGAAAAUGAAAGGCUAUAUCCACUUAAAGUUGAAUGUACAGAUGAAGAGGUAUGUUGAGGCUUAACAUAAUGAAUAGUUAAUAUUAGAUGACCAUGCUCUUGACAUGUCAAAAGAUGAUUCUAUGAUAAAUUUAUUGAGGAAAAUAAUAAGAUAGACUAACAUACCCACCUGGAUCAAGCUCUGCUAAGCCCCUAGUGUGAAACUGGUGUCCUUUCUGGGUGAAUCCUGGACAAGAUGUUUGCUUUCUGGAAAAGAUAAUGGUCACAUUGCCUUGUACUACCUGAGAGCCAUAUUUUGCCUGUAAGCCAAGAGGUAACAUUAAUAAAAUGGCAGAGAGAAAAACUGUGAUUAUAGAAAACCAGAUACUGAAAUAGUCUGGCUGGGAGUCUGGAAACGGU